GGUGUAAUUUUAACUUUGGAAAACGUUUUAAGUUUGUUUAACAGACGACAAUCCAUUAGCUACAGUGGAAGUGGUAAAUGGGGUUUCUCCUCGUUCUCCUCCUCUGCUUCUCAGUUCCGUCUGCAAUUAACUGUGAUUCCGUCCAAAACCAUGAAAGAAUUGAAGGAGAAAAUCCCAAUUCAAGGACUAUCAUAGAUGUGGAAGGUGGCCCAGAUUCCGUAAUCUGGGCUGUUCAGCUCUCUGAUCUCCAUUUCAGUGUUUUCCAUCCCGACAGAGCUGUUGAUUUUGAGAGGCUGGUCGGUCCUGCUCUUGCUGUGAUAAACCCAUCCCUGGUUCUCAUAACUGGUGAUCUCACAGAUGGCAAAAGUGAAGAUCUGUUAACCAUGAAACAAAAUGAAGAGGAGUGGAUUGAAUACGUUGAGGUUAUGGAAAAAGUUGUUAAAAGGAGUGGACUUGAGAAAAAUAUCUUCUAUGAUUUGAGAGGAAACCAUGAUAAUUUUGGUGUUCCAGUAGUUGGUGGUUCAUUUGAUUUCUUUUCGAAGUAUAGUAUUAGUGGAGGAUUAAGAAGAAGUAGGAAUGUUAACAGUGUCACAAUACAGAGUGGCGGACAGAAGCAUCUAUUUGUUGGGUUUGACAGUACGAUGGGUGUCGGUUUACGUGGCCCAACUAAUCUUUUUGGGCAUCCAACAGAAGAACUACUAGCUGAUAUAGAUAUUGAGCUCUCACAGUGGAAUUCUCAAUCAGCAGAACAGGUAACUAAGAUCACCUUCGGACAUUUUCCACUUUCAUUCUCAGCAUCCACAGAUACUGGGAAGAGUUUGAAAGAUGUUUUCCUUAAGCAUUCCUUGUCAGCCUACCUAUGUGGGCAUCUUCAUACAAAGUUUGGUAAGAAUUUGAAGCGGCACCAUUGGUCAGGUCAACAUUUCUUAUCAUUGGAGAAAUAUUUCCAACUAAAUAUCCACCAAGCACCUGGAGGAAGUGCUGUAGGUCAGCAAAGUUGUUCCGAGGAAGCUCCAUCACUCAAUGAAUUCUGGGAAUGGGAGAUGGGUGACUGGAGGAAGAGUAGGGUUAUGCGUGUGUUGGCCAUUGAUUUAGGUCGUGUUUCAUUUAUUGAUAUUGAUUUUAAGAUGGGAGCUAAGAACACUAUCAUAUUGCCUACAUUUCCAUUGGAUUCACGCUUCAUGCUAAUGGCGUCAUCUCCCCAUGAUUAUAGUUGUUUUGGUAAUCUGUCAUCUUAUGAGAAUGUCAGAGCUUUGGUAUUCUCAUCUCUGCCAAUUGUAUCGGUUGUGGCAAGAAUCUAUGACUCAAGGCCUGGACAUCUUGACAUGGUCAUGGAGUCCCCUAUGAGAAAGCAUGGAAACUCCACAAGAGGUGAUCUCUACACUGUGCCAUGGAAUUGGCGAGCCUUUGAUGAUCCAUCUCCUGAUCGAUUCUGGUUGCAAAUAGAGGCAACUGACAUCCUGGGGAGAUCAACAUUAAGUGAAUUAAGGCCGUUUUCAAUUAAUGGCAUCGCUGCAAAGCAUAAUUGGAGGUGGAUGGAGUUUCUGGUUAUGGGCUGUCAGUGGGAUGCCUUAUAUUACCCAAUUCUUUGGUCUAUUUUUUUGUUCCUCUUUUCCAUUCUUCUUGUUCCAAAAGCAGUGGUCAUAUGUUCGAAGAAGCAGUACACAUCUCACAAUUUCAUUGUUGAGAAAAGCUUCAUUAGUGGUAUAUUGUGGGUUCUGACAGAUUUCUGCAGGGUCUCUGUGUUGUGGUUUGGCUUGUUGAUUUACUUGUUGUACCUGGUAUUCUUCCCUUGGGGUUGUGGACAAGUUUUCACUGAAGGUGGGGGUAGGGGAUGCAUGACAAUCAAGGGUUGGGUUGUGGAUGGCCCAUAUGAGAGGGCUGAACAAUCUUACAUUGGAUAUCCGGAUGUGAUGGUGGUUGUCUUUCCCCACCUCUGUUUUGUAGUCUUGCCUGCUGUUUUGGUAAUGUGUGCUUUGGUUGCCGAAAGAGCUGUAUAUCGACUUUACUUCUUCUCAUUGUCAGGGAAGAAAGAAGAUGAUUAUGUUAACCAGAGUCUGAGAUCUUUGACUGGCUAUCUAGGCAGGGGAAGAUCAAAGUUUUUAUGUGGUUGGCGUUUGGCGAGGAAACUUCUCAUAUUGUUUUGCUUGAUUAUUUAUUGGAAACAUUGGAAGCUCUGUAGAGCUCUGGUGGGAGCAUAUGAAAUGAACCCAUUUCUUCAUUUCCCAGGAUAUUGUCUGCCAAUUCCGCUCUUAUUGGCUUAUGCAGUUUACAAGACGUGGAGAGUUUGAUUUGCAUCUUUGGAGGUAAACUUCUCCAUCACUGUUGUAAUGCAUGAUGGGUACUUGAGUUAAUGUGCAUUAGUCUCAAAGGUAGGCUUAGAAGCUUUGAGACAAACUAUCAUGGAACUGAGGGAAAACUGAGAAGAUAACGACAGGAAUGCAUGAUUCGGAAUAAUGAAGCAUGUAAUGUUAUGGUUGGUUGAGAAUGGUUGCACUGCAGCAUGCUCUUGGUUGAAGUCACCUAAUCAGAAGACUAUAGAAUCAUUGAACUCAAGACCCUAGGGAUAGGGAUAGGAGGGACUAAUUGGUGGAGGAGACAUUUAGAAGUUUAUGUGGAGAGAUUUUGUUGUACAACAGUGAUUGAUAUUUCUUGGCUUGAAGAUUUUUUAUUUUUUCAACUUUUAAAUUGGAAUAUUGUUAUUUGUUAAGGGAUCAACUUUUUUUUCAUUAAAAUGCAUCUUUACGUGAAAUAGAAAGUCUGCAAGUCAGUCAUUGCUUGAUUAA